AUGGAGCGCCACAAGCAGGCCGUCACCAAAAUCGCCGCCGCCGUCCGCGGCUACUUCGAGCGCGGCGAGUCGUACCGCAUCUUCCACGGCUCGACAAACAGCACGCGGCCUCGUCCCGGCCCCGGCCACCGAGCCGUCGACAUCAGCGCCCUCAGCAACGUCCUGGCCGUGGAUCGCGGCGCGCGGACCGCCCUCGUCGAGCCCAACGUGCCCAUGGACCGCCUGGUCGAGGCGACGCUGCGCCAUGGCCUGGUGCCGCCCGUGGUGAUGGAGUUUCCCGGCAUCACGGCUGGGGGCGGCUUUGCGGGCACGGCGGGCGAGAGCAGCUCGUUCCGCCACGGCUUCUUCGACGAGACGAUCAACUAUGUCGAGAUGGUGCUGGGCAACGGCGAAGUCGUGCAGGCGUCACCUCAUGAGCGGGCUGAUCUGUUUCGUGGCGCUGCGGGAGCCGUGGGCACGCUGGGCGUUACGACACUGAUGGAGCUCAACUUGAUCGAGGCUCGCAAGUUUGUACAAACUACAUACCACCGCACAAACAGCGUGGCCGAGGCCGCAGAGCGUGUCCGCGCCGAGACGCAAAACCCCAGCAACGACUACGUCGACGGCAUCCUCUUCUCCAAGGACCACGGCGUCGUCAUCACCGGCCGCCUAACCGACGACAAGCCCGCCGGCCACAAGACGCAAACCUUUAGCCACGCCUCCGACCCCUGGUUCUACCUGCACGCCCAGGACCGCACCAAGAACGCCGACGCCGUCACCGACUACAUCCCGCUCGCCGAGUACCUCUUCCGCUACGACCGCGCCGGGUUCUGGGUCGGCGCCCAGGGCUUCACCUACUUCAGGUACGUGCCCUUCACCGGCUUCUGGCGCUGGUUCCUCGACGACUUCAUGCACACCCGCAUGCUCUACCGCGCGCUGCACGCCAGCGGCGAGUCCGCCCGCUUCGUCGUCCAGGACCUCGCCAUCCCCUACGACAAGGCCGCCGAGUUCGUCGACUACACCACCGACGAGUUCGGCAUCUGGCCCCUCUGGCUGUGUCCCCUCAAGGAGACGCCCGGCCCGACCUUCCACCCGACCUGCGAGACGGAAACCGUCGCAGCUACCGACGGCAGCGCUGCCACAAAGGUCGUUCCCAAGCCCAUGCUCAACAUUGGCGUCUGGGGCUGGGGCCCCGAGAACCACGACGAGUUCAUCGCCAAGAACCGCGCCCUCGAGGACAAGCUCGUCCAGCUGGGCGGCCGCAAGUGGCUGUACGCGCACACGUACUACUCGGAGCCCGAGUUCUGGCAGGUCUACGACAAGCCGUGGUACCAGGCGCUGCGCGAAAAGUACAGCGCGACGACGCUGCCCUCGGUGUAUGACAAGGUGCGUAUCGACGUCGAGGCCAGUAGGAGGGAGCGCCAGAUGUGGAAGAAGUCGCUCAAGAGCAGGUGGCCUGUGGGCGGGCUGUACGGGAUCUGGAGGAGUAUCUUGACGGGGGAUUAUCAUUGGCAUAGAAAUGCCGAGUGGAAACACAAGGGCGAGGAGUAA